CAGAGAGCGCUCAACGGUUGACGGUUGGUAACGUCGAUGACUUAUCACAAGAUGGCGCACUUUACAAGUUUAACAGUCGAAGCUCAAGUCAGAGGAGGAAGUGUGCCCCAUCACCACAGAACCUCCAGGACUCCUCAUCCUAACCUUCAUCAGUGAUGGAGGGGUUACAGAGGCAGCAUCAUGAUCACAUACAGAUGCACACUAGAAGAGAUUAUGUAAAGUAAAAAGGGAUACUGUUCUCCAUAUCAAAACCACCCAACUACCUCUGCGAGUGAAGGUCCUGUAUUGAGUCUGCGGUAACAAAGACCCUCAUUCUGCCUGACACUGGAGACGUUGUCCUGGCUAGAGCGAGGUCUGUGUCCUGGGACGCAGCGAUGCCAGCCAGCAAGAGAUGAUCCAUGCGUCCUGGCAUAGUCUAGGUGCUGUUGCAAGCGCAGAUAUAACACAGCUCCAAUCAGGCUGAAUCACACCAGAACCUUGGGCCAAGUCAGUCAGUGCUGGCUGUACAAAACAGCAUUGCCGAUGUCAAGGUCACAAUGAUGGAGCAGAAUAGAAAGACGCUUUGAUCUGUGGCCAAUGCCAUCCGAGGGACUGUCUGGUUUUUAAGUCUGGCAGAGGAAGACCUGGAUUUUGGCAGAUUUGGCACAGGCCUGAGGGUAUGUUGAGACGUCUCGCCAGGCCAGAGCAGAGGCGUCUAGGUGGUUCGGACGGGGACUGAAGGCGAGGAGGAAAGACAGACGAGGGGACCAGGGAGGAAGACAUGGGCCAGUGUGUCACCAAGUGUAAGAAUCCGACGUCCUCGCUCGGCAGCAAGAGUGGAGACAAGGAGAGCGGCAAGUCCCACAAGAAAGGAGGCAGCGCCAGUGGUGGCGGGGGCCACAAAGAAGAGCCCAGUGCCCCGUGUAGCAAAGCCACCAGCGAGCUGUCUAAUGGCACCAAGGCGUUGGAGGUCACAGUGGAGACGCCGGUCAUCCCUGCAGUGAUGGGGGAGCUGCGCAAGGACGAGUGCCUGGACAGAGACGGCCUGUCAAUGAUGCGCAUCGAUGAGCUGUUCUGCUGCUACAAAGAUGAACACGAGGAUGCCAUCUUGGAGGAAGGCAUGGAGAGGUUUUGUAAUGACCUGUGUGUGGACCCGGCAGAGUUUCGUGUGCUUGUUCUUGCCUGGAAGUUUCAAGCGGCUACCAUGUGCAAGUUUACAAGGAAGGAGUUUGUUGAGGGCUGCAAGGCCAUCCAGGCAGACAGCCUCGAGGGUAUCUGCUCGCGCUUCCCCUGCAUGCUGUUGGACGCCCAGGGCGAGGAGAACUUCAAGGACUUGUACCGCUUCACCUUCCAGUUUGGCCUGGACGCCGAGGAGGGCCAACGCUCGCUACAGCGCGAGAUCGCCAUCGCUCUGUGGCGCCUGGUUUUCACCCAGUGCACACCCGCGAUCCUGGAGCACUGGCUGGACUUCCUGUCGGAGAACCCCCCAGGUAUUCGGGGAAUCUCAAGGGACACGUGGAACAUGUUCCUCAACUUCACCCAAGCUAUCGGGCCUGACCUGAGCAACUACAGCGAGGACGAGGCGUGGCCCAGCCUCUUUGACACCUUCGUGGAGUGGGAGUUGGAGCGCAGGAAAAGAGAGGAGGAGCGGGCACUGACGGCGAAGGAGGAAGAGGGGAGGUGUACUGAGACAGAGUGUUCUCCCACCACAGAUAGACUUGAAACAGAGGGAAGCCGCGGCUCACAGACUUGGGGGGGCCACUGACCAGGAAACGAGAAAUAUUUGUGAGGAAGGGAAGGAUAUGACCUACGCGUGAACUGUACAUCUGUGAAUCAUUGGAUGAAUAUUAGUAUUACCAUUACAGCUGUUCAUUUCGCUCUCCUUUUCUGUUGGGGUGGGACUCCUGCUUUGCAACCUUAUUUUUUGGUUUCUGAAAGGGCUCUAAGAACUGUUUAUGUUUUAAGCACUUCUAUUUAAGUUAUUGUUUUACUUUCUCCUCCCAUGAGUGUUUUUAGUAAUUGGACACGUGGUCCAUUUUAACCUACCAUAACCCAGCAGAUAUAGCUCAGUAAAGGCUUGAAAUUUUUUUUUUUUUUUUUUUUUUUUUUAAAGAAAGCCAUAAUAUUUCCCCACAAUUAUCAUAUAGAUUUUGACCUGGUAACACUGCUGAUAUGUUUUCUACAAGGAAAACACUUAAUAAUAAAGAAGAAGGGAAAUUUGGGCUGUCGGUCUACAAAUAAUUUCUUACUACCAAAAUAAAAGAGGGUCAGGGUCAGUGAAAUCAUCUUUAUUGGACUAAUCGUGCUAGAUUGUAUGCUUUGAUCUUGCAGUGCUGUGAGGAUGAAUUGGUUGCACUUGUAUUGCCUUCACAACUGUUUGCCGUUUGCAUGGCACAACAGUAAUGGAUUACAAUUCUGUCACAAGGGCAUUUUUUUAAAUUAUUAUUUUUUAAAUGAUUCAAAGACGUAAUAUCCGUUUUAAAAUCCCAAGUUGGUUUUCAUGGUAACAGACCCACCUCCUCUUCUGCGUUUGAGUGUUUUUUGAGUGCUAUUAGUGCAGUGAGCGGCUCGGCUCGUUUUAAGCAGCUGGCUGCGCUCCCCUUUGACCUCUAGCAUGUACCAUUUUUUUGAUGUCCACCUAUUUUCAAGAAGCAGUUAAGUGUACACGACACAAUGAUGCUGGCUUUUCUCUGAUUCCUCAGAUCGAAUUUUUUUUUUAGGGAAGUCUUUCAAGACAACAAAUCAGCUAAAGCUAGGUCUUGGUCAUUUCUCAACAGAAGAUGCCUAAACCUGUGUUUGCAUUCAGGGCUGUUAACACUGGGCGCCACACAAAAAAAGCUUAUAUUGUUUACCUGCAGGAGUUUAAGAGUCUUCACAUCCUUGAUCUGUUAUAUUUAAAAAAAUAAAUAAAAAUGUGUGCGCACUUCACAAAUAAUGUUGACUGCUGCUGGUGAUGGUUGUAAUGGAUUGCACAAAACAAAAAAAAACAAUGGCAUGCUUAGUUGCUAUACUUGCAAUGCUUUGCAGAGAGAUUGAUGUCAACCACAUUAUUUCCAUUUUAAAAAAACUGUAGAUUGAUCUUUAAGUAUAGCCUAGGGUGUUUUUUGGGAUGAAUGAAUGAGUGUUAACUAGACAUUCUGGCUAAUCAAGAGUCUGUGAUUAUGGGUCCAGUUGUGGUAAGAGGGUGGCCAUAACCUGAGCUGUUUGGUUUACAUCUAUAAUGGUUUUAUUUCAGACCCCCUUUUUGUCCUCCUCCUUUUUUUUUUAUAUAAAAUGUAUUGAUUUAUAAUAAAUAAAAACAGUGUUGAACUUUUGACUGUUGACCAUUA